CUCGGUUUUGAUUAUAUGACUGGGGAUUUGUGCUCCAAACUGAAGAAUAAAGGUGAUCUCAACUCAAAACAAGCUUUAUCAGGGAAAAACACCAUUGGACAGGCGCGAAAAGUAAAUCUUUGUCUGAUGCUUGACUACACCCACGUGCUCGACUUGAAUAAGGCAUCAUCUAACAAGAUGUUGUUGCCACAUUUGAAUCUGCCUCUGCCUAUGGACACAACUCCUGGCGACGAGCGAAAUUUUUUGUCUGGAGGAGCGAAAAUGCCCGUUCCAUAUCAUUUGGAUGAAUCUGACAGCGACUCCAUUGUAUCGAGUGAAGAUGCCAGUUAUACAGAACUCGUUCCAAUGAGUAGUGGAGCAGCAGACGAGGUGAAAGUGGGACUUCGGAACGCAAUUAAAACGCGAAGAGUUGCCCAAGGUUUGGAUGGAAUGCCGCUAAUCGAAUCGAAGAAACCAAGACUUGAAGUGCUUUCUAAAGAGGAAGAAGAGAAACGUCGAAUUCGAAGAGAACGAAACAAGGUAGCGGCUUUUAAAUGCAGGCAAAGAAGGAAGGAACACAUGCAGAAGCUUCAAGAUGAGAGUGAUGAGUUGAACUCUGAGAGGGAUUCUCUGGAGAAAGAACUGGUGGCCCUUACGGCGCAAAAGGAACAGUUAGAGAGGAUGUUCCGAAGCCAUAACUGCAUUCUGAAGGACUCUAGGUCGAAUGGUAAUAAAACCACCUCAGAAGACCACGGCAGCGAUGCUAAGUCGCCCCAUUCCUGUUCGGCGGAAAUGGCAAAAUCAAACGAGUCAUCCAGUCCUACGAGUCCAGUGCCAGAUUCCAUAAAAGCAUGAGGAAUACAUGUACGUAAGGCGUAUUACAAACUGGUGCAACCUUCGUUGGAUAUCCAUCCGCAGAGUUAAAGUUACUCAUGGAAUCAAAGCAUUUGAUUACCACGCGAUGUAUCCAUAUUAUUGCAUGGAUUGCUCUCCAAGUGGGAAGCAUAAACACAACUCGUCUACUGAGUGAAAAAGACAUUUAUACUUACUAAUUUAUUUAACCGUUCACGAUGAACAAGUUUGGUUAAUGAAAUCCUCUACGGUUUUAUUAGGCAAGAAAGAGAAAAAGAGAAAAGUGAAGGAUAUAUCAGUUGUUUUAUCCCAUUCAAUUUGUCAAAUAGAAAUGAGAGAUUUUAGAAAUAAUUUUAAGUUAUUGAACAGAAAGAAAGAUUGACUAAUAUAUGAUAAAUUUAAGUUCUGUUUCACUGUCUUGGAACAUGUUUAUUUUGCUUUUGAUUUCGUUUCGUUUCGCGUCUAGUUUAUAUUUUAAAACUCUUUUUACAGAUAAAUAGUCGAAGGUUGCGAGAAAGGAAAUUGAUUUUCGUGAAGCUGUCGCUCGUGGUUUUAGAGUUUAAAACGGACGAGAAACAGAAAGACCGAAAAAGAAGGAAUGUUGGAUGAUUGUAGAAAACAUAGGAAAUAAUUUCAAGAUAGAUGAUAAACGCAACGUUGGGUGGAAAUUCAGUCGGCUCUAUGAAAAGCCUUCACGACUUUACUAAAUGUAGAGGUGUUUCGAAAAAAAAAACAUUCAUUUUAAGAGAAGUAAUCAUAAUAGGACAUGUACGUAUUUAUGAAAUAAUAUUAUUGAAAAAUGUAGGAUCGAGAAUUAUUAGUGAAAACAGAUUGACGGGGUAGAGAGUGGCCAUGAACUAUUUUAUUGUUAUGUAAAUAAAACGUUAAUUAGGAGUACAUUGUGUUUCCGUUACAUAGAGUUGUUCUUCCGCCGUAACGAGUCAAAAUAAAGUGCAGUUUGAGCGUGA